UUCAUGCUUCCUGCGAAAGAAAUUUCGGUAAUUCAUAUUCGGUAAUUAUGUACAGUGAAUCAUAAGGAAAAACCACUUGUGGUCCUACUUUCCGUUCGAAGCAUGAUGAAUCCAAAACCUGCGGUUCGCUACAACCGUUUAAAAAAGCCUGCUCUCGAUUGAGAACCUUCAGUCGGUAACGAGCCAAGUUUUUGUAUGUGUUGAAGUAAAAAGUGAGAACGUUUCAAUAAUGAAGCUUCUUCUAGUGAUCGUUUCCCUCGUUGCGGCGGCCUCUGCCGGCAUUUCCGUCCUAAACGUGGUGCACCAAGAAUGGAAGGCAUAUAAACGGGAACAUCGAAAGAUCUACGAAAGUGAAGCAGAGGAUCGGAUUCGUAUGAAAAUCUAUAUGGAGAAAAGACUUGAGAUCGCCGAACACAACGAGCGAUAUGAUCGAGGUCUGGAAUCGUUUCGUCUUCGUUUGAACCAGUUUUCUGAUUUGCUUCAUUCCGAAUACGUAAACUUAUACUGCGGAUACAACAAAACGUUCUCUGAUAGAUUACCAGGCAGAAGACAGACGCUACGCGGAACACAUGUAUCCUGGAUAGCACCUGCUAACGUAAAGGUGCAGGAAACUGUAGAUUGGCGUGAACAGGGAGCAGUUACUCCGGUUAAGAAUCAAGGACAAUGCGGUUCAUGCUGGGCCUUUUCAACUACCGGUACCCUGGAGGGACAACAUUUCCGCAAAACAGGCCAGCUGGUGUCACUUUCGGAGCAAAAUCUAGUCGAUUGUUCUACUCCCUACGGAAACCAUGGAUGCAAUGGAGGUAAUAAUCCCAAAUCCUUCGAAUACAUCUACCAUUACGGUAUCGAUACGGAAAAAAGUUACCCGUACACAGCGGAGGAGGGACCAUGUGCUUACAACCCGAAUACAGUGGGAGCCAGGAUCACAACCUACGGUUACAUUCCAAGCGGAGAUGAGGAUGCGCUCAUGAAAGCCGUUGCCACCAUCGGACCGAUUGCCAUUUCUAUGGACGCGGGUCAUAAAUCGUUCCAGAGUUACGGUGCUGGUGUGUACUAUGAACCGCAGUGUAACCCUUCUUCACUGACCCAUUCCAUGCUGGUGGUCGGUUAUGGUACAACGGAGCAGGGUGAGGACUAUUGGUUGGUGAAAAAUUCGUGGGACACAUGGUGGGGAAUCCAGGGCUAUGUAAAAAUGGCUCGCAAUCGAAACAAUAAUUGCGGUAUAGCUUCUUACGCGUUCUUCCCAUACGAAACAAUAAACGGUUCAAUACACACUCGCCACCGAGUCGGGGCUUCUGUAAGUGCUCAUUUUGGUGCGAGGGUUUCAAAAAUGAAACUUCUUCUACUGAUUAUUACCGCCUACAGCGCCAUUUCCGACAUUGAUGUGGUGGGCAAAAAAUGGGAAACAUACAAACGGGAACAUCGAAAGAGCUACGAAAGUGAAGCAGAGGAUCGGAUUCGUAUGAAAAUCUACAUGGAGAACAAGUUAGAGGUUGCCGAACACAACAAGCGAUAUGAUCGAGGUCUGGAAUCGUUUCGUCUUCGUUUGAACCAGUUUUCUGAUUUGCUUCACUCCGAAUACGUGGACACAUACUGUACAUACAAGGAUGGGUUGUCGAAUAGGACGAGAGGCGAAAGGCAGAGACUAGGUGGAAAAUCGGUGUCCUGGAUGGAGCCUGCCAAUGUAGUUAUUCACAAGAAUGUUGAUUGGCGUAAGCAGGGAGCCGUUACGCCGAUUAAGAAUCAAGGGAAAUGUGGAUCUUGCUGGGCCUUUUCGUCUACCGGUGCCGUGGAGGGACAACAUUUCCGCAAAACGAACAAGCUGGUAUCGUUAUCGGAGCAGAAUCUGGUCGAUUGUACAUCCAAUUAUCGCAACAAAGGAUGCAAAGGAGGCUCUAUAUACCGCUCCUUUCAGUAUAUCGAGCAAAAUCAUGGUAUCGACACGGAAAAGAGCUAUCCGUACCAGGCGAAGGAGGGACCAUGUGCUUACAAUCCGAAAGCCAUCGGUGCUAAAGUGAAAGGAUACGUGCACAUUCCAACCGGAGAUGAGGAUGCGCUCAUGAAAGCCGUUGCUACCGUGGGACCGAUUUCGAUUGUCGUGGAUUCUAGACACCAUACUUUCAAGCAUUACGCUGAUGGUGUGUACUACGAUUCGCAGUGCAGCGCAACGAAUCUUACUCAUGCCAUGCUAGUGGUCGGCUAUGGUACGUCUAAAAAGGGCGAGGACUUUUGGUUGGUAAAAAAUUCUUGGGGAACAAGCUGGGGUAUCAAGGGAUACAUCAAAAUGGCUCGCAAUCGCAACAAUAGUUGCGGUAUAGCCAACAAAGCGUACUACCCAUUGGUGUAAU